AUGGCGGCAAAUUCGACUGUCGUAGACAGAAAUGAAGAAGACGAUCCCCUGGACACGAUUCCUUUAGUAUUUCACUGCGUUGGCUGUCGGACUAUUAUUGGGGACAGUUUAUCUUGGGUCUGUGCUGAUCAAAAUUUGAGGACUGUGUCUCUCUCAGCGGUAACUCCGUUUGUUCAUGUUGCAACUGAAGAUGGAAUGGAAAUAUCUGCAGAGGGCGAGGAUCUAGGAAGCACCUUUGUUGUCCUCAAAUGCGCAACUUGUCAAUCACAAAUCGGCAGGAUUUACAAAACAACUCCAAAACAAUUGGACAUGAUAAGAGAUAUGUAUACAUUGGAUUGCUCAAGCAUCAAAAGUUAUAAACUGGGUUCCAAUAAAGAAAAAUCAAUCAAAACAACGGAAGAACUGCUGGAAAUACCUACUGCACAAACUCUGCUGUCAGAAAUUGUCAAAAUUCAAAGUGUUGUUGUGGCUCUCAGUGAAAGACUCUGUGACCUUGAAAACCAAGUGAAUAGCAAUAAAAGAAAUGAUUCGACAUCUGUAUCACCCAAUGAUACCAUAACAUCAACAACAUAUACCAGGACCAGGAAAUCUUCUCAAAAUGAUAUGAAAAGACACUUAAACGAAACAAAUCAGAGUGAUCAAGAGCAAGGACCAUCAAAACAGAAACGAAAACGAGUUACAUAACGAUAAUUGGCUUUGGAGAUCGAAAUUUGUUAGGUAAAGUACAUUGCUGCAACAACUGCUAUAAGAGACACUGCAUUGUGAAUAUAACAAAGGAAUCUUGUGAGGCCAUAUUUUUCCAGAGUAUUACAUAAAUGUUAUUUGCUUGCUAUGCAACCAGCCAACCAAAAGCCAUGGCAUGUAAUAAGUGAUAGACAGCUGUCAAUCAAAAUAAUUAGCAUUGUUUUUACAUCACUGGGUAGUAAGACCAUAGUUCUAUUGUCAAUGAAAGUCUAAUGCCAGUUAUAGCCGAUUUGCAAAUUUUGCCUCAGUAGUCAUACAAAAAGGAAUCAAGACGAGGCAGACUGUGCAUAAAGCUCAUUUCGUGAAAAGACAAUAUUAUAGUUUUUCACAAUUGACUGGGCUUUAUGCACGGCCCCCCUGUCUUGGCUAUUAUUACCCAUCAUAAUUUUUGUCAGCCUUGGUUGGCGUAGCAAUGCAAAAAGUUGUUUUCAUUGUUUCCUGUGCAAUCAUAGAUCAUA